AUGUCCACUUCGGAUAGCGGUGGUGGAAACACCCCCGAUAUUGCGAAGAAGGAGAACGUGGCGGGUAGUCCUGCCACCAAGACAAAGACUGACACCGAAACAUCCGGUGGCAGCAAGAACAAUCGCCCUAGAAGACGCUCGAACACGAAAGGUGACGGAGGUUCCGGCUCCAGAAAUGGCAGUCGCAACAACAGCGUCAGCAAUAGCAAUAGUAACAACAAGAAUAACCACUCGAAUCGCAAAGAUUGGACUGAUAGAAAAAGCUUCAGUCAGGGUGGAAUAAGCAAGAAUAACAGCAAGUCGUCGCCGGGAGAGGAGCACAAGAGAACUAGAAGCUCUAACUCUCAAUCCGCGAAGCACGCACGUGACUCUACAAGAACCAUGUCGCAGGCGAGCAACGGAGAAGGACUCGAUUAUAGCGAUGAAUACGAGCUGGAAGAGCCAUUCUCGGACUCCGACGAUGAUGACACUCGCCCGAAGAAGCCGGAGAAGAUGAGCUUGGCAGUGGCUCGCGGUAGAAUCCGCACACUAUCUGGAACUGUCCCACUCGUUGGAUACUCUCCACGUUGGGGUGGCCCGACGAUGUGUGUCAGUUGUCUGGAAUUCUUCGAUCUCCCAGAGCAAGUCACCGGAUUCGCCGAGCAUCUUCUCAAGGAGCACAAGAUCGUCGUCUCCGAGAUGCACUUGAUUGUCGAUCCAAAACGCUAUAUCGAACAUUGGCGUCAACGUUUCGCUAAGGAGAGCAUCGACAACAUUUUCCCAAGAAUCGAGCCGGCUGAAGGUGACGCCUACUUUGGGGAGACCGACUAUUACUAUCUGAUGUCGGAGAACAUCGCGGAGGACCGCUCGUUGAGACAACGUCUCGCAAUGCGACGUCUCGAGGAGGCUCUUCAGUGUCAGCAACGCGAGCGUGAGGACACCUCAUUCCAACUUCAAUGCAUCUUCUGCCGCUACAACGCUCGUGGAAAUCGCUCGAAGAUCAUUCACCAUCUGUACAUGAUUCAUCAUCUCAACUUGGGAUCUCCGGAUAAUUUGGUGUUCGUCACCGAGUAUAUCGAGCAUUUGAAGGAGAAACUCCACCGCAACGAGUGCAUUUACUGCGAGAAGAUAUUCCCGGAUCGCAAUACUCUCAUGGAUCACAUGAGAAAGAGAAACCAUCGUGAGGUGAACCCGAAGAAUCACUACUACGACAAGUUCUACAUCAUCAACUACUUGGAGCUUGGCAAACGUUGGCUCGAUGUGCUCGCUGAGGACUUUGAAGACACGAUGCCGACGUUCCAGGAUUCUGAUGAGGAGGAGGAAGACAAUGAAUGGUGUGAGUGGGAAGAAGACAACCUCGACGCUGAUGAGACCCGCGUUGUCUGCCUUCUUUGCGACGCUAGUGAAGACAAUGCUCAGUCGCUUCUCGACCAUAUGAAGACCACUCACGAUUUCGAUCUUCUGAAGAACGUUGAGGACAACAAACUGAACAGCUAUCAACGUCUCCGUCUCAUCAACUACAUUCGCAAGCAGAACUAUCAUGCGGAUUGCUGGGUGUGCCAGAAGACCGAGUUCGAGAACCCACUUGCUCUUCAGAAGCACAUUUUGGACCACAAGCCUUUGACUCACCUCCCCGACGCGUCUGUCUGGGAUACCGAGGAGAACUUGGUGCCAAUUUUCGGCAACGAUCAUUUCUUGUGGAUGCUCGAGUCGAUUCUUGAGGAGAGUGAGAUCACGUGCAGCAGUGACGAUGAGGGUGGAGAGAGCGAGGAGCGACUUGCGAAGCUCGUUCUCGAGAGUAAGAAUAAUACUGUCGAAGGAGUUAUCGCUGAAGACCUUCCAGAAUUGUCGGAACUCAACGAAGACGACCUCAACUCUCUCAUGUAA